AUGUCCAUGUCGUUUCGACGAUGGCCACUGCUGGUCGUCCUGCAGUGUUUCGUCGCUUUCGUCUCUAUCGGGUCGGAGCAAGUCCUGGCGAACCGGAAGUGCGAUUCCAGACACUUCGCAGCCCUAAACGGAAGCGGAUUCAAUGAGUGUCAUCAGAAUGACUCGUCGUCGUCGUCGCCCACGGGACAGCCGGAGCAACAGCGGCGAUACGCCUUUUUGUCGACCGACGACAAUAAGAACGUUUCGUUUCUAGUUCAAAGAGACAUGUACCGCGAUAAUAAACAAAACGAAAUAUUGUUGUCAAACACGAUUCAAGGAUUGUUUUUCGCAAGUCCUCCAAUGGCUGUGUUAAGCAGUUCAAACGAAUUAUGCAAGAACCACAGUCAAAUUUAUUUAAGAGAAUUAGAAAAAUUAACAAUAUGGGCAUUAAGAAUGUACGAUUCUUCAGCAAAAAUACCAUCGGGCAUUCUGAACGGAAAUAUAAACCAGUUCGGAGACUUCGAUCAGUGUCUUAGAGUGAACGAUGAAAACUCGGGCAUUCAGGGACAGUAUUGUUUAACAUACGUAGAAAUGACGUUGCCAUCAAAUUCCAACGAAAAAUUAAAAUACAUAAUCGAUCUAAUGCACUCACACUCAGCUUUUCGUAGUCGGUUGGAAGACCCUGGUCAUCGAGUCCCGAGGUUUUCCACCAUGAACUGGGCUAUUUGCACGCCGGCGAGCUGUUCUCCAGCCGACAUCGAACAUGAAAUGUACUUAUUGCUGUCGAGGUACAUCGACACGACUGAAAUCAAUUUGCGACUUAAAGUUGAUCCGGACAUGUGUCAGACGUAUAGGCCUUCUAUCGUGCCAACGACGGGUUCGUUGAUCGCAGUGUCGGUCUUUGGAGUUCUGUUCCUGGUCAUAAUCUUGUCUACCGUCAUGGACAAGUACAACAUGUUCCAGAGUGCAGAAAGCACCGCGUCAAAGGUACUGUACUCGUUUUCGUUGAAGAGGAACGUUCGGCAGCUGUUGAGCGUUAAUGAGUCACCUGAAGACAUCGGGUCAGUUCACGGGAUCCGUGCUCUAAACGCUCUCAUGCUGCUGGCCUCUCACAAGUCCAUGGCUAUGUUUUUCAACCCUUAUUCGAACAGGACCGCCAUGACGGAGCAUCUCGGGAAGCAGUGGACUGUUAUUGCUCGGGCGGCGAGUCUCUACACGGAUCCUUUCAUAUUCAUGAGUGGAUUAUUGACUACUAUAUCGUUCUUGAGACAUUUAGAUCGAAGGGGCAAGAUCGAUUUGCCAAAAGAAUUCCUUUCUAGAUUUGCCAGACUAGUGCCGACGAUGGGUGCCAUCAUAUUGUUCUGCACGCUGAUUUUACCAAAUUUGGGUUCCGGUCCGCAAUGGAAUCUAGUGGUCAAACACCACGCUGACAUUUGUGAAAAAACAUGGUGGAGAAACUUCCUGUUCAUCCACAAUUACUUUGGCUUCAAAAAUAUGUGCUUAUCACAUACGCAUCACAUCGGAAUCGAUUCACAGCUGUUCAUGGUGUCACCUCUGCUCGUGUGGACUUUGUGGAAGUGGCCUAGAAGGAGCAUGGCCGCGCUCGUGGGGUUAGCGACCAUUUCGACCGGACUUCGAUACUACGUGACGCUAACGAAAAAAUUGAACUUGUUUAUCAAUUUUGGAAGCUCGGUUUCGCAAAUGUAUGAUACUGCAGACUACUCAUACAUUUUGCCAACUCACAGGCUGACUGUGUACAUUAUGGGCAUUCUAUUGGGUUACUGCCUGCGAUACGUAGGAAGAAACUACCCGUUGAAAAGCGGCCACUUGAAGUUGGGUUGGAUCGUCGCUAUUGGAUUCUUCUACGAAGCGUUUAUACACCCUGCCAAAAUGGGAGACAUCGAUUACGUGUACAACGCCAGCGAUGCCGCCAAUUAUGCGGCUUUUGCGCCCAUCUAUUGGUGCAUUUUUUUCAGUUGGAUUAUAUUCGUCUCAUACACGGGCAAUGGAGGAUUCGUAUCGUCGUUGUUUUCUUGGAAAGGAUUUAUCGUGUGCACACGUUUGUCUUACACGUUCUACUUAACUCAAUUUCCGGUAUUUUUCUACAACGUGGGAAGUCAUAGAUCUGCAUUGGAAUACAGUUUUGGAUUGAUCAUAAACAUCAAGGAGAUGCUGGCCAUCAUCAUGGUGUCCGUGGCACUCACCGUAGCCGUCGAGAUGCCAUUCAACAACAUCAGAACGUCAUUCGUAAAGAAGUCAUCCAGGAACGAGACAGAAGCGCCUACCUCCGUGCCAAUAAGCGUGGGAGGCGACACAGAGUCGCGACGUAACCGAUGA